AUGCAAAUCUCGAGUGGCAAAACCUUCAAACUUCAGCCUCUUGUCUUUCAAGGUCCAUGCAAGAGCAACGCUAUCAAUUUUCGGCUACUGGGAAAGAUAAGUGCUCCAGACAAAAAUGAAUGGGCAGAAAAUAAAAAAGAGAAAUGGGUGACAUUCAAAGAGGUAAAUAAUCUCAUCGUUUACGGUUCUGGCAUAAUCGAAGGAAGUGGUCCAACUUGGUGGAAGGACGUAGAAUCAGAACGACCAACGUCAUUGGCUUUUACAAGCUGUGACAAUUUACAACUGAAAUCGAUUACUUCGAUCAAUAGUGCAAAAAAUCAUAUUAGCAUCUCAUCUUGCAUUGGAGUAACUAUAUUUGACGUAACUUUGAUAGCACCUGAUGAUAGUCCAAACACUGAUGGCAUUAAUAUUGCGGGAUCGAGUCAAGUGAAUCUAUUCGACUCGUUCAUUGGAACAGGUGAUGAUUGUGUAGCCAUAAAUGGAGGUUGUUCGGGAAUCAAUAUCACUAACGUCAAGUGUGGUCCUGGUCAUGGACUUAGUGUGGGAAGCUUAGGACGAAACCAAGUCAAUGAAGAAGUGGAGCAUGUUUAUGUCAAGAAUUGUACAUUCAACGGAACUCAAAACGGAGCAAGAAUCAAAACCGUACCGACUUCGGCGGUUGAAGUGAGCAAUGUGAAGUUCAUAGGGUUUCACGGGUCGGCGAUUAAAGAAAAAGCAAUAAAAUUGAAUUGCAGUGAAGUGAAAGGAUGCAACGGCAUUGUUUUAGAAGAUAUCAACAUUAUUCCGGCUAUUGAGGGUAAAAACUUGGAGGUCGUAUGCAACAAUGCUAGUGGUACAGUCCAACAUACAACCCCACCGGUGUCUUGUCUAGUAGCUAAACCUUAA